AUGGCUGCCGCUGCCCGCUCCGCCCUGCGCCUCUCUGGCCUUUCCAGCCGUAUGGCUGCCUCAGCUAUGCCCAAGCCGCCGGCGCGUUUCACUACUGCUGCCGCUCGCAGGGCUUUCACAGUUUCGGCCCAACGGCCCAAGAAGUCGUCCGAGGUGAUCAAGGAGACCGAGGUCCCCGUCUCGGUCUACCAGCCCGACUCCAAGGGCGUGGCCAUGGGAAACUCGGACCACUACAGCAUCCCCGUCAAGGGCACUAGCCGCGCCGCCGUGGCCGAGCCGCCCAUUGGCGAGGAGGACGAGCCCGUCGUUCCCCUUACGGAGCAGGUGUACGCCCAGAUGCCUGCCACCAUGCAAAAGCUUUCCGUCUUUGGCAAGGUCAUCAUAAUCACGGGCGGCGCCCGCGGCCUGGGUAACUACAUGGCCCGCGCCUGUGCCGAGGCCGGAGCCAAGGCCAUCGCCAUCUUCGACGCCAACCAGGACCUGGGCGACGAGUCGGCGGCCGAGCUGCACCAGAAGACGGGCAUGCCCAUCACCUUCUUCAAGGUUGACGUCCGUGACGGCGCCGCUAUCAACGCUGCCGUCGAGUCAGUCGUCGAGCUCUACGGCGCUCCCGACGUGCUCGUCAACUCUGCCGGUAUCGCCGACUCCAACAUCAAGGCCGAGACGUACGACCCGGCCAUGUUCCGCCGCCUGAUCGACAUCAACCUCACGGGCUCUUUCCUUAUGUCCCAGGCCGUCGGCCGCGCCAUGAUGGCCGCCAACAAGCCGGGCUCCAUCAUCCUGGUCGCCUCCAUGUCGGGCAGCAUCGUCAACUACCCGCAGGAGCAGUCGUGCUACAAUGCCUCCAAGGCCGGCGUCAUCCAGCUCGGCAAGUCGCUAGCCGCCGAGUGGGCAAAGUACCAGAUCCGCGUCAACUGCAUCUCGCCCGGCUACAUGGACACGGCCCUCAACAAGGUGCCCGCCCUGGACGCCCAGAAGAAGAUCUGGAAGUCCAUGACCCCCCAGGAGCGCCUCGGCAACGUCGACGACCUCAACGGCCUCUGCGUCUUCCUCGCUUCCGACUCUAGCGGCUUCAUGACCGGCUCCAACGUCAUCAUCGACGGUGGAUACACUGUCCUGUAA